CUGAAUUUCUCCAAGGAUGUGAUUGAUUCCAUGGCAUUUUAUGGGGCCCCACUCAAGGAGAGGGGUGAUGGCAGUAUCUUUGAUCACUUUGAAGUUGUUACACGUGCAGCACCUUGCAGACUUCUCCAUUCAGGUCAAAAAUCUCACCACUAUCAACUCACCAAGCAGAAGACCAGGCAGGACACAGGUUGGAAAUCUGCAGCAUCACCACUGCUAAAGCAAAUAGCAGCACAGAGCCGCAGUCCACCUGUGAAGGCAGUGAAGAAUCCUCUCAGCUUUCAACUGCAGUUUGAGCAAUGGGAUGAGUACGUCAUAAAGAAGCUGAGCAAGAGGACAGGACAGUGGCUUGUGACGAAGCAAAUAACCAAUGGUCUAUCUCGAGUCAGGUUGCAGGCAGUUCUUCAGGACCACUAUGGCUCUGCCAAUGCCCAUGCCCUCGUACAAGAUGAGACCAUGACAGCAAGUGAUUUCAGUCUCUAUAACCAAAUCAAACCACAGGAGCCCUAUGAGGCUGUUUUAAGAAGGGUGACCAGAAUUCCAUUGGCCAGCUGUUGCAGGGUUCCAGAAUUUGAACUGCAUGAGGACAUUGUAGAGCAGCCUGGAGAUGUAAACUCAACAGCAGCCAAAUUGAAAGUGAAGCACAUGGAACUUCCUCCAAAGCCCAAGAACAUCCUCAACUCAAAGCUUGGGAAGCAUGUCUAUUACACAGAAAAUGUUUUUGAGCAAGAACUUUACACUGGGUCAGCCAAUAUUGUUCACCAUGAUGGUGAGAAGUACAAAGAGCAAAUCAUCAUGGACAACCUGUCAGAGUAUCAGAAGCAUCUCCAGGAGCAAUUCCCCCAAAUGCCAGCAGAAUGGUCGGAGAACAAAAAGGACCAAAAUCAACAGCAAGCACCUCCAGGGCUGCAGAAAGUGUGCAAAGGCCUGAGGAGGUGGACGGUAUUGCCCACCCUGACUGAUUAUACCACAGAGAAAGGGCUGAGGCCACCAGAUUAUGGAGUCCUGCACAAACCACUGAAGAAAUCGUUUAAUACCCAUGAAGAUCGGCAAGUAAUUCGCAACAUGGUCACAGAAUGGAUUAAAGCUUGGCAUAUGUAUUCUCACUGGCAGGAUGCCACUCUGGAAGAGCUGGAGAGCGACCUGAGGGCAAUGCACAGUCACGUUCAGCUCAAUGCCUUAGCAACUUGUGCCUCAGGAGCAAUUGAGCACCCAAAGCUGGAAGAAAAUUGUAGAAAAGGUAUCCACAUUUUCUCAAGAGGUAAUAAUGAAGUUCAGGCUAUCCCAGAGGCUCUCAUGUUGCUCAUCAGUAAGGCCCUGACCAGUAGCAACCAUCGGGUGAGAUUUGCUGCAGCAAUUUGUCACAUCACGAUGGAGAAAAUGAAUGAAAAAGUCGAAGAGAUUCUUCAGGAUACCCUCCUUCACGGAGAUGUGUCUGAUCGUUGGAUUGCAGCACAAAGCCUGGCCCUCACUGGUGAUGAUAGUUAUCCUGUGGUCAAUAGAAUUAUCCAGCAUCUCUUCGAAACACCAGAUACUCAGACUGCAAAGCAAGUCUGUCUCAUCCUGGGCCCACUCUCUGAGAAGACGCGUCUGGUGCACUUUAUCCUGGCAAACCGGCUGAACAGCUGUAGUUGGAAAGACAAGGUGCUGGCGUGCAGAAUUCUCUCCUCCCUGCGUGGAUCACUUAACACAGAUGUGACACACAAGAUCGUCUAUCUAAUGUGGAAUGACUGGAACAGUAGUGUCCGCCAAGCAGCCGCACAAUCAUUAGGAGCCUGGGGGCUGGGGAAGAAAGUCCACGAUGAGCUCAGGGAGAGACUGGAUAAAGGGGACAGCAGAAUACGAACUGAGGCUCUGUCAUGCAUUGGUCUGCUUGGAGUGAUGACGGGAAAACUGAUGUCCAGCUUCCUAGACUGCUUCAAGGAUGAUUUCAUUUGUGUGCGGAGAGAGGCGUGCCUGACUGCUGGUCUGCUUAAGUUAAAAGAUGAGAAGGUCCUUCAUCAUCUGCUGUACCUGAUGCAGUCCGACCACAUCUGGAAAGUGAAGGCUUAUGCAAUCAAGGCUUUAGGUGCCAUUGGCCAUGUAACCCAGGAGCUGAAAGAUUUGUUGCUUUGGGCACUUCAUUACGAAAAUGAACCUGGCAUACGAAUGGAAGCCUGUAACACUAUUGCGACCCUGAACUUACAGGAUGCCAAAGUACAAAGUGUUUUAAGACAGCAGCUCCUGGUGGAGAACGACCCACUGGUGUGGAAAGACAUGAAAUUAGCUCUGCUGAGUCUAGGGGGCAGCGCUGAGGUGGAAGAAGGAAUGCUCCAGAAGGUAAAAGAACAGGUGCACUCACUGUGCCAGAAAGAAGUUGUCCUUUGGAAGCUGUUAAGGAUGGAAAAAGUGAAGUUGAAUGUCUCUCAGCAGGUGGAGUUGAUCAGCCUGAAGACACAACCAGAACAGCUGACGGUGCUGAAGGCACAGAUUCAGAAACUGCACAGGAAUGUGAUGGGUAAAGUGAGCUCCCAUCCACCAGGACAGGACAGCAGUCUCUCCGCAGUGUCCCAGCAAUUUCAGCAGAAAUGACCUGCAGUAUUCCAGGGCACUUAGAUCGGACUCAGUAACAGGAUACAACUUGAUCACCCCAGGAGGGAAAAGGCAAUGGAGUAACCAUACUUGGAUUUUCAGAUGGCAAGUAAGGUUAAAUAGUUGUACCUGAAAUAAAAGUUGAUGUAAUGAGUGUGCAGAGUGGGGGAGUUUGUAAACUUAGUGUAAAUGAGCGACAAAACGGACAGGUUACACCUGUACCCAAAGGUGUCCAAUAUCUUGGCAGGGAGGUUUAAUAGAGCUGUUAGGGAGGGUUUAAACUAAUUUGGCAAGGGGAUGGGAAUCAGAGUGAUAGGGCUGAGGAAGGGGAAAACAGAAAUAAAUUAAAAGUAUCGCAUGCAACAGAGAUGAUAGAAAGGACAGGUAGGAGAUGAGGCUUAAUCACAGCCAA